AUUUACAAUUCACUAUCAAAUUUACAAGCAGAAGUUACGGCUGUCAAUGCCGAUGAAGCGGUGUUAAAAAGAAAUUUGUCUUUUUACCAACUUUUUAAGCUGUGGUUUAUUAAGUGGUGUACGAAAUAUCUAAGGUUUCCCCACACAUUUGGGCCAUCUUGUACCCAUUAUAAAAAUAACCAAAAGUUGGACUGGAAAUUUGAUUAAAAGGGAUUUUCGCAUAGGCCGACAAGCAUGGCUGAGUAUUUGGCGUCCAUUUUCGGAACUGAGAAAGACAAAGUAAACUGCUCGUUUUAUUUUAAAAUUGGAGCAUGUCGCCAUGGGGAUCGCUGCUCCCGUAUACACAAUAAACCAACUUUUUCCCAAACUGUAUUGCUACAAAAUCUAUACGUCAAUCCGCAAAAUUCGGCUAAAUCAGCAGAUGGCUCACAUUUAGUAGCUAAUGUUUCGGACGAGGAAAUGCAAGAGCAUUACGAUAACUUUUUUGAAGAUGUUUUUGUUGAAUGCGAAGAUAAGUAUGGUGAGAUUGAGGAAAUGAACGUAUGCGACAAUUUGGGAGACCACCUAGUUGGAAAUGUCUAUAUCAAAUUUCGCCAUGAGCAGGAUGCUGAAAAGGCUGCAAAUGAUUUAAAUAAUCGUUGGUUUGGCGGACGUCCGGUAUAUUCAGAGUUGUCGCCGGUGACUGACUUCCGUGAAGCGUGCUGCCGUCAAUACGAAAUGGGUGAAUGCACACGUUCUGGAUUUUGCAAUUUCAUGCACUUAAAACCGAUUUCCAGAGAAUUGAGAAGAUACCUAUACUCCAGACGUCGGCGAUCACGGUCUCGUUCCCGUUCACCACGUCGUCGCCGUUCCCGCUCCCGCGAUCGCCGUCGUUCGCGCAGUCGUGAAGGACGUAGUAUUGGUGGUGGUACUGGAGACGGGCGUAAAGGACGUUAUUGAAAGAAUUAUGCAUAACCUUAUCUUUCUAUUCAAAAAGUUUUUAAGACAGUUACGGUGGAAAACAUCUAUUCAAAUUCCGUUCAGCUUGUUCUCUGGCAAUAGCACGUAAUUGUUUUUGAACUUUGCGCUAUGUAAUUUCAACAUCGCUAUUUUAAUGAUUUUCAAAUCAAGAAGUUACAAUAGCAUGCAUUUUGCAAGUCACCAUACUAUAAUCAUAACAGAAAAUGUACAUCUGCUGUAAAAAAUGUAAACCAUUAUAUUGAAAAAUAAAUAUCUACCACUGGAAA